UACAGUUAGUGUAAUAAUCUUUCGAGUGUUUUUUUUAACCAGCUAUAACUUAAGUUGUUGUUAUUUAACUAUAUUAUGUUUUUGUUGUUGCUUUUUUAUAUUAUUAUUAAGACACUGUUAAGGGCUAUUAAACACAGCAGACAUUUGUUAGAAUGGAAAAUAAACUGCAUAUUGUGUUUAUGGUUUGUGUCCAUGCUGCACACGCCCUAUAUCCUUACGGAUUUUCAUUUGGCGAUACGACACUGACUGGAGCAAGCUCUGAAAGCAUCCAACUCCCCUUUCCUUUACCUUUCUAUGGCAGUAAUCAAGACUCGUACAAAGUUUUCAAAGAUGGCUUCAUCACUUUUGAUCUUACAGAAGACGUCGAUAGUCAUUUUUUUGAUGAGUCUGAUGUUAUUAUGAUUCCAGUGAUUGGACCAUGGGUGUCUCGCAUAGUGGCAUCCACCGAUCAUCUAGGUGACGUGACAUACAGGAUGACUAGUAAUGAGACAAUAUUGUCAGAUGUAUCCAGUCUUGUGGGGAAAUCUCAAGAGUUCUCGGAUAGCUUCUUACCGGUCUACGCUCUGAUCGUCACCUGGGACAAUGUAGGAACUGAUUCUUUCAAUGAAUAUAGUUUUAACAAGAAAAAUACUUUCCAGUUGGUCGUCGCUACGGACGGGGAUAAAACGUUGGUGACUUUUGAAUACAGCAAAAUUGAGUGGGUCUUUUAUGACGCUAUUUCUAUGUACGACUAUCCCACUUAUGAUAUAAAAACAAAGGUUGGAUUCUACAGAGGUAAUGGUGACUCGAUGCUAUUGCCCGUUUCAAUGAGCCACGAUCUUUUCACUAUAGAUACAGACUCCAAUAUCAAUAAACCUGGUCUCUACGUUUUCAGGGUGGAUAUUUCCCCAACAAAUCUAACAUUUCUGGAAUCGAAUCCCAUCACGGAUACACCGUCCACAGUUAUUAGCAGCGAUUCAGCAGGUUUUAAACUAGAGACUACUUCAUACAGCGCCAUCUACAGUGAAACAGCUUCAAGUUCACCUUCCAGUAUAUUCAUUGUUUCAAUGCAGACGUCAUUACUGGACAGCUCGGGCUUGAUAGAGACGUCAUUACUGGACAGCUCGGGCUUGAUACAGACGUCAUUACUGGACAGCUCGGGCUUGAUAGCUACGUCAACAUCGACAACAAUUAUUUCUGUCGUUACUGAAGCUUCAAACUAUUUGACCAGUUUCACAUCAAUCACAGAUGUUACUUUGGGAGUCUUGGGACAAACGAAUGACUCAAGCCUAAUGCUUUCAAGUAGUUUUAGUUCAAAUGAAAAUGAUGCAGCCAAACACUCGACCAUUAGUUUUACAGGAGCAACAUAUGCAACAAGUGAUCUAGCCUCAGUUGGAAAUUCUAUUUCGUCAACGGCUAAUGAAGCUUCUCCUUUCAGUACAUUAGGAUUAGUCAAUACCGAUGUGAGCGGAUCCAGUGUUUUGGUCUACUCCCCUGUCACGUGGACAGAAUCAAGCUCUCUAGAAAUUACACCACCAGACUCAGAUAGUAAACAAGGUGGGAACAAUGAAAAAAAUGUCAUAAUCGGCACAGCAACAACAGGAAGCGUCGUCUUCGUAGUAGCAGCAGCCUUUGUUGUCAUGUUACUGUGGAAACGCUCAGGAAGUAACAGAGUCAAUUCAGAACAGAGCAUUGUCAAAAACAACUUACUAAACCAGUCUACCUUGGAUCGAAUCUUUCCAAGCAACAAAGUUUACCCACCUGUUAAUCACAUGUUAGUGCUAGACGAUCCAAGGACCAUUUCUGUAGCCUCAACAGUGAGUACGACUUCAACAAAGAAGUUGAUGCGGUGAGCCCGUUCAGGCAUUUCUAUUUAGGUCAUCUUUCUGAGAUAAGCAAAAUGGCGGCACAACUUUUGAGAUAUGUAUAAACUGCGAAUAUUGACACUGGAAAACUGAAUGAGGAUGUACUUCUAGCUUUGCGUGAACAGAAUCUCGCCCUCCAAGAGAUGAAUCAGUCGUACGAUCAUUAAAGACGGCAAUUUUUUAGCUUUGCAAUGUACAUUUUGUCCUGCAUCGAAGUAAAACAAAUCUUUAAAGUCUAAACUCAACGCCCCUGUCGCAGGGCUGAAAAGCUUAAUGUUUUUGAAAUGUUACUUCUUACAUUUCACUGCUUGGAUGUCCUGACUUAUGCCUGACAAUAGAGUGUUGUUUUUUUUUCGUAUUUAAAUUGCGUUUAUAGAGCUAAUAAUGGUUAUUAAUAAUUUGAAUAUUUUAAAUAUAAAGUAAAUUUAAUAUUAAAGUAUAUUUAAUAUAUUUUCUCAUUAAUGUCAUAUUUAAUAAAAAUAAAAAUUUUACAUCAUUAAGGCUAUAUUUAAUAUUUUAAUAUAAUGUAUUUGACCUCAUUAAAGUCACAUUUAAUUUUUUAAUAAUGUAUAUCACCUUAUCAAAUUCGCACGCUUCCUUUAUUUUACCAAAAAUGUAUUUGACUUCAUUAACGUCAGAUUUAAUUUUUUAAAAUCUGGAAAAAGAAUUGCCUUAAAAAUGUGGAAUUUGUGUGCUUUUUCUUUUUAUGCUUUAUGUAGACUGAGACCUUUUUGGGGAAACUACCAAAAUAUAAAGGUUUGAUAGAAAGCUUGCGUUUCUUCGCGAAUUGUUGUGGUCAGGUUGCGAAUCGCUUCCUAUCGUUCUCACUGAGUGUCUUCACUUUUAACCACAUGUAAAAUAAUACACAAUCUCUGACUUACAUAAAAUUGUACCAACUGACUCAAUAAAACCAAAUAAGCAUAAUGUUGAUAAAUGAGAAAUACAAUGAAGACUAAGACUAAGACUGCUUUAUUAAUCCUUAUGGAAAUUUGUUGUGAUUACAAGGACUCUUUUCUCAUAUAAAGACAACACAACAGAAACAUAAACAUAAAUAGAACAGACACAACAUAAAGAGUUCAUUCAGCGAUCACACACAGGCAUCUUGGUCCUUAAUACAUGGAUGAUAGAGACAUGUUAUGAAAAGGAAAAUUGAAAAUGCAAGGGAAAAAAAUCGCUUCCUAUAGUACUCUUAUCAGUUGUCUAUUUUUACCUUGUCUAUAUUUAUUAGCACUGUUACAAAAUUAUGAGAACUAUGUAGCAUUUUUUUACAAUAUUAUUUGAUUAUUAAACAGGAAUUAUUUUACAAAUAUUUACUUCUCAUUUUAUUGCUGUGUAUAAAUUAGAAAUGUUUAUCCAACCAAACCUCAUCAUAUAUAUUUACAUCUUUUGAACGCUUGUUGUUCAAUGUAUUUGAUAGACCCUGUGCUUUCUAAAACAUAUGUGAUAUUUUAAUGUAUUUUUAUUGAAAUAAAACAGUCAAUGCUAUGCUUACUCAUAGUCAAUAU